UUUAGCAGUUCAUUCGCCCUUAUUUUCGAGUUAGAAACGACGAUUUCGACCGCAGAGUGUCUUAAUCAUUGACAAUCUGCGGCAGGCAAUGGGAGGGGAAGUUUCCAUUCCAUGUAGAAACAUUUGUCCGUAAACGCGUCAGAAAACGCGUUAACCGCAGAAUUGCUGAUGCUAAACGGUCCGAUUCUGCGAAUAAAACGGAAUCUAAAAACUUUAACCGUCUGGAGCGUGUUUAUAUUCCGUUUAAGCUAAGCCGGAUGAAUAACAGCCGGAUUUGUAACAUUGCACAGUAAACAACAUUCAAAAGUACCUCCACAAACCCUAAAUGUGCUGACCUUAUCAGAUUUACCGAAAUUCGUGCUCAGGAAGUUGGUUAGGAUUUUGUCAGCACGAUGUCGCCAUCAACAUAACGACAUUCGCAACUCAUUUACGCAAUCGGUUUAUAAAGGCAAAGAUGUAGCCAGAACCCCCAGAAAACAUACAAACUCCUCUCCUGAACCACAGGAACACAGACUAAUACAUUCAUUGAUAUGCUGAGGACUUGCACUGCAAAAAGAGCAAUUUUCCAGGUGAAGGCGUGGCGUCGCUGGAACAGCACCAACCCUCAGAUGGCGUUCCCUUGUGUCGACAGGGCCCAGGAGCGCAGUCAACUAUUUCAGGAAGCAGGUUUUAUUUCUCGCAAACCAGGAAUGACAAAAACCCGUUCUACUGCAAAAACCACACCUUCUGCUCUCCGUAAUGAGGAGCCUGCAACAGCCAUCAAAGAGCCUGCCACUCCAGUGGAAUCGGGCCCAGAACCCAUUUAUGGCAAAAUCGUUUCUGGUUACAAGGUUUUCCAGUACAACAAGCCUUUCUUGUGCGACCACGGCGGUGUCCUCCCCCGUUUCGACAUAGCUUACGAGUCCUGGGGCCGUCUGAAUGCAGACAAAUCAAACGCUAUUCUUUUGCACACAGGAUUAUCCGCCUCUUCCCAUGCACAUUCACACGAAGCGAACACACAGCCCGGCUGGUGGGAGAAGUUCAUCGGUCCAGGAAAGGAUCUCGACACAAACAAGUUCUUUAUUAUUUGCACGAACGUUAUUGGUAGCUGUUACGGUAGUACCGGCCCUGCUUCCAUUGACCCGAGCGACAACCGUCAUUAUGCCACUCGCUUCCCGACGAUAACGGUGUUCGACAUGGUCCGGGCUCAAACGCAUCUUUUGGAUAAACUUGGAAUCGACAAGCUGUACGCCAGUGUUGGUAGCUCACUCGGCGGAAUGCAGUCGCUGGCUCUGGGCGCCAUUGCCCCCCAUCGUGUGGGUCGCAUUGCUAGCAUUUCUGGCGCGGCUCGUUCUCACCCGUACUCCAUUGCCUUGCGUUUCACCCAGCGUCAAAUCCUCAUGAACGACCCUCACUGGAACCACGGUUUCUACUACAACGGUGUUCCUCCCCACGUUGGUAUGAAGCUGGCCCGUGAAGUAGCCACCAUUUCAUACCGGUCCGGUCCUGAAUGGGAGCAACGAUUUGGAAUGCGUCGCGCUGAUCCAUCAGCGGAUCCUGCUUUGUGCCCAGAUUUCCUCAUUGAAACCUAUCUGGACCAUGCUGGCGAGAAGUUCUGCACACAGUACGAUCCCAAUUCUCUGCUCUACAUCUCGAAGGCCAUGGAUAUGUUUGACAUGUCAGCUUCGCAGCAAGCAACUUUGGCCUACAAGCGCUCUCAAAACAUGUACAAGGUCGAUGCACAAAACUUCCGAUUGGAAUCAUCCGCCGCUGCAUCAAAAGCUAAGUCUAAGAAUGAUGCCGGUGUCGAGCGGUCUUCGGGUGCCAUUGAAGAGGAUGAUCUUGUUGAGGGCAUGAGACCCCUGCGUGACAUUCCCACACUUGUUAUGGGUGUCCGUACGGAUAACCUGAUGCCCGUCAACUGCCAGCGUGAAGCCGCUCGCUGCUUGAGAAAGGCAGGCAACAAGCAUGUUCAUUAUCACGAGUUAGACGAACAAAAAAGUCUCUUUGGACAUGACACUUUCUUAAUCUACCGGAAUGGCUGCAAUCUGGUUGGAGACAAACUCAAAUCCUUCUUGGAGGAGCGUUUUUAAGCUCUUCAUCAAAAAGCAUAGAACUUGUCUUUCAUCAUCUCUCCGCCUUCCCAAUGCAUCAGCCAACCAACGAGCAAAAAAAUGUUCGCUUCUCUAUACCCACACGUGUGAAACCGCAUUCCAUCAUUUGUUUUGCACCUGUGGUUGGAAAGUCGAAAACACUGCUUCCAUGAACAACGCCCUUUCUUCCCUCGACUGUGUAACUGUUUUAUCCUUCCUAUUUAAUUUUAAACACAACCCCCCGUUAUCAAUGUUCUCAUAAUAAAAACUUUGAAUUAUGUUCCCCAUAA